UAAAACAUAUUUUUUUAUUUUUUAUUUUUUUUUUAAGCAACUUACAAUAUUGUAAAUAUAUACAUAUACAAAAAUAAAUCUACCAUAAUUACCACAACUACCAUAAUACUCCAAAUGGAAAAUAAUACGAAACAUAAAAAACAAAAGGAAAAUGUCGAAGUGACAAAACAUAAAAAACAAAAGGAAAAUGUCCAAGUGACAAUUAAUAACAUACAAAACGAGUACUCACAUGUGCUAAGUAAAGGAAACAGAGAUGUAUAUAUAACAUCGAAUAAACCUAUUGAAACAUAUUAUAAAAGAAUUGUAAAAAUAUUAAAUAUUGAUACAAAAAGUAUUGACCAUAUUAUCGAAGGAAAUAAAAGAAUACCAAGGAUUGAAAUUUUUAAUAAUAACGAUAGUAAUAAUAAUUAUGUAUGUAUAUAUGCUGUUGGUGCUAACAUUCUUAAAGCCGCUUAUCUACUGCAAGACAUAAUCAACCAUUAUAAUUCUGCAGUUUAUAAUGUUUAUGGUAAAUUUAACUAUAAUCGUACCAAUAACAAUAUAAACAAAAAAAAUUGCAAUAUUUUAUCUCCAAUAGAAAUAAAAGUAUAUAGUAAAACAUUAAUAAUGAAUGAUAAUAUAAUUUCAAACAAAUUUAUUGUGAAAAAUGAAUUUUUAAAAGAUGACGAGUAUGAAACUUUAAUAAAUUUUGCGAAGCAACCAUAUGACAAAAAUUUGCACAAAUAUGUAGAGAAAAUCAAAGAAAGGAGAGUAACAGCUAUCAAAAUUAAAAUAAAAAAGAAAAAGAACAACAUUUGA